AUGGCUACAGACUCCCCUAGAAGACCCAGUGGUUGUACUGGUGGAGUUGUGAUUCACCCCCAGGCUGUCACAGAGCAGUCCUACAUGGAAAGCGUUGUGACUUUUCCACAGGACGUUGUGCCACAGGCUUACAACGUGGCCGUGGACAGCAGCUCCGAGGUCACCACAAAGGACUUAACGGAGAAGAAGGAAAUUGUGAAGGAGGCAGAGAAGGGAAGAAAUGCCCCUGCUAAUGGGAACGCCAACGAGGAAAAUGGGGAACAAGAGGCUGACAAUGAGGUAGACGAAGAAGAAAUGUUGAUACCAAGAAGCAGAAGACUGAUGAGGAUGACUAGACAGCAAAAAAAGAAAAAGUUAAACUUAAGAGAAAAAAAAAGCCGCAGUGACCAAUUCACCCUCCACUACCAGUCUCAGAAUCUAAACGUGGUCACCUUGGAGUGGAGACACCACCCACCCGCCUCCCCGCCGCGGGUAGCGCCAUCUGCAGCUCUUGAGGAUUGGCAGAGGACUAAGCUGGUGUUUGGGGAUGAACAUCCAGCAUUGCUCCGAAGAGCAGGAGCUCAUGACAGAAUGCCUGCUUCUCGGGGACUGCCCAAAGGUAAUGAAAUGGCAGUCACCUUACGCAUCACCUGGAUCCUGACUCGAGCCCGCAUCGACCGGGCCACGAGCUCGCCCACCCACCAUUCCUGA